CAUGGAGGGACAAAUUUCGUAACUUACAUUUCGUCUGUCGCAAUUUUUAGAAAAUCUACACAAAAGAUGAUAAGAGUAGCGGAAAGAAUCGAGUACUCAACACCGAAGAGGUUUCUUCUCCUAAAAGACUUUUGGUUCGAUCAUGGACAACUGUCUCAGUUGUCCGGCAGGAGCUGGAAAUACUCCCACCAGCCUUGCGGUGACAGAUUUGCCGGAUGACGUGUUAUUUAUAAUUUUGAAAUACCUCGAUAAACAGAGCCUUGGGCGUCUAAGUCGCGUGUGUAAAAUCUUCUAUUUUCUGAUCGGAGGUGACUGUGUGUGGUUACGUCAUUCUAGAAGAUCCACAAUUGUCCAGGCUAGGCAUUUGGAUAAUACAAGAGUAACAAAGCACUUGUCCUUGAAGGAGCAAUGUAGGACAUCUUACAAUUGGACUGAGGGCCAUUUUAGAGAUGUCAUUUUGGCCAGACACUCCAGCAGCCGUAUUUUUGUUUUUCACAGGCAGUUGCCCUGGGUGCAGCUUAAUGAGGACUGUUUAUGGAUGUCAACUCGGAAUGAGAUCAAAUGCUACAGUCGAAGAAAAGCAGGUUUCCGAGAAAACAAACGACGACGUCUGACAGGAGUUCUGGCUGACAUCAGUCGCUUCAGAAGUAAAGAUGGGGUUAUUGCUGCGAGUUGCAGGGAUGGAAGCGUGUGUGGAUGGCAUACAGACAACGGGGAACACUGGUUUUACUGUGACCGCCUUCAUACUGGUGAGGCACAGUGUGUGGAUUUCUAUGACAACACAAUUAUCUCAGGAUCAAGGGACAAAACUGUGAAAGUUGUGACAGUAAACUCACGGCAUGGUGACAAGGAAGGGGAGACAAUCAUCUGCGAUGACAGGGUCUGGUCUCUGUCCGUAUGUCCUGAUGGAAGCUCUUUUGCUGUGGGCACUUCAGGCUGUUGUGGAGAUUCAGCAUUAUCCUUGUUUGAUCUGAACAGCUGUAACAGAUUGCAGGACCUGCCUACUGGUCCUCGGCGGGGAGCAGGUGUGUUAGACAUACAGUUUGACUCACCACACACACUGCUAUCUUGUGGUUACGACACAUUUCUCAGGCUCUGGGAUACAAGAACUGGCACAUGUGUAUCUAGUUGGGAGGAGCCAUUUGAUUCUGCACUCUAUUGUGUGCAAUCAGACCAGUGUAACGUGAUGGUGACAGGGACUGCUCGGCAUGGGAUGUCAAGACUCUGGGACAAGAGGCAGACAGAACCGCUUCAGCAAUAUUACUGCGGCUUGAGGAGCAGUCCUGUGUAUUCCCUGGCUUUUGAUCAGACCAGUCUCUAUGUGGCGUUGGAUUUGAGUCUCCACUUAUUAGAUUUCUCAGUGUUUUCACAAUAAUAAAAAAUUCCUCAUCACCCAGAUCAUGUACAUGUAAUUUCUCAAUGUUGUAUGGCUAUUAACCUUUUGGUGUUGAAUCUGAAAAUUUAUAGUAGAAUUAAUAUCAGUAAGUGCCAUAAUGAGGGACAUUGUAAAUUUCUUUUGAAUUCAUCAUCAAGAACUGCUCCUAAAAUGGUUUUUGGUCUUAUUAGAUGCUAAGUACAGCUUAAUUAUACAAAACCGCAAAGAACAAAAAAAACAUGUCGGAAUACAAUUGACACAGAUCCAUGCUUCAUCACUCCCAACAACAAUUUAAUCACGUUCUGGUACAGAUGCACGAAAAAAAUCAUGUACUGAUUUAUUAACUCUAAAGGUUGGAUAGGAAUAGAUGCAGGUGUUAUUGUCAUUCUGUAGUUGUGUAAACGCUACAGUGUAAAUCGUGGACACCUGUUUAGGUGUGACAUUUGGUAGGUUUGCAUCGGUAACAAUAUUUUAUAUAUGGAAGAUGUGAUUUAUUUACUUAUUUAUUUGAUUUGUGUUUUAUGCCACAAGAAUAUUGCAGGUAUACAACGUCGGCAAGCAUUAUGUUAGGAGGAAACAUGGCAGAGCCCGAGGGAAAUCCAUGACCAUUUGCAGGUUUCUGGCAGACCUUCCCACAUAUGUCUGGGGACU